GCCCAGGACCAAAAACAUGUAUUGCGCAGUGGUGUGGAUGGACCCACAGCGCUUACAGCAGCACUGUUAGCAUUAGCAAUCUUACCCUGAAAACAUUUUGAGUCUGUACAAGGAACAGCAAUAUGGCGGUGUCACCAGCAGUUACGACGUUAUGUGAAAAUCCAAAUGAAAUCUUUCUAGACGCCGCCAAGUUGUUAUUGACAUAUGCGGACAACAUUUUAAGGUAUCCCAAUGAGGAAAAAUACAGAUCGAUCCGCAUAGGCAAUCCUACUUUUUCCACCAAGCUAUUGCCCACCAAAGGUGCUGUGGAAUGCCUCUUUGAGAUGGGGUUUAAAGAGGCUGAUACCCACCUGGUGUUACCCAAGUCUGCAUCAGUGGAACGGCUGAAGCUCAUCAGAGAAUCCAUAGCAGCAGAGAGGGAUCGAAGGCUGCAUGGAGGACAGCCUGUUCAACCCACUGCAAGGGCUACUAUGGCCUCAGCCUCAGCACCAGAGAGCUCGGCUGCUGCCUCCAGCCAGCCAGAUACACCAUCUCCAUCACAGCCAUUGUCCUUGGAGAGCAGUAUGAGCUUCGUUGUGACUCUCCAGUCAAACUUCCAACACGUGAUGCUGUAUGAAAACCCUGAGCUGCAGCAGAAAGCCAGGAACAUCAUCCUUCACGAGCAGCUGUUCUCUACUGCUCAGCACAAACUGACAGAGGCCAAGAAAGCUGACCCAGACUGUAAACUUGCAAUAGAAGACUUCUUGGUGCUGGAGUUGCUCAGAUGGUUCAAACAAGACUUCUUCUCCUGGGUCGAUUGUCUGCCCUGCGGCCGCUGCGGAGGCCCAACCGAGAUUUCCAGCCCCCUCAGUCCCACUACCGAUGACCUUCGCUGGGGAGCACAGAGAGUGGAGAACCACUACUGUCAGAGCUGUAGUUUCUCCACCAGAUUUCCCAGAUACAACAAUCCUGAGAAGCUUCUUGAAACCAGGAGGGGCCGCUGUGGGGAGUGGGCUAACUGUUUCACAUUGUGCUGCAGGGCCCUGGGCCUUGAGGCCAGAUAUAUCUGGGACAGUACAGACCAUGUGUGGACAGAGAUUUACUCUGUUUCUCAGCGCCGCUGGCUGCAUUGUGACUCUUGUGAAAACAUCUGUGACAAGCCUCUACUGUAUGAGGUCGGCUGGGGGAAGAAACUGGCCUACAUUCUGGCUUUCUCUAAGGACCAGGUGGUUGAUGUCACCUGGAGGUAUUCCUGCAAACAUACAGAGGUUUUGUCAAGAAGGACCAGGGUUCAAGAGGCCUGGCUGCUACAUACCAUUAAUGGGCUCAAUGCCUCAAGGCAGCAGUCUUUGAGUCCAGACAAGAAGAAGCAGCUGACGGAGAGGUUGCUUGUCGAGCUGGUGGAGUUCAUUUCUCCCAAGAAACCAAAACCAGGAGAGCUGGGUGGACGCAACUCUGGGUCUCUUGCCUGGAGGUUGGCACGGGGGGAGACUAGAGUGGCUGAUACAUGGACCUCCACACAAGAUGCAGGUUAUGUGUUUACUCCUACUGAAAAAGAGAAGAGUGAUAGGUUAUUGCACGUGCGCUACAGUGCCACCAAAGACCAGUACUGUCGAGUGUCCAACAACUCUGAGGUCAUUCAGAGCUGGGAUCAGUGUGUGUGGAGAAAGGAGUCAGUCUUCAGAAAAGUGGAGGAUGACUGGCAAAUGGUUUACAUAGCUCGAACAGAUGGCUCAUCUACGGGAAGAAUCAGCUGGAAGUUUGAUUUGGCUCCAGCAGACCUAAAGAUAAAGUCUGUCUCAGUCAUGGCCAGCAGCCAGACCUUCCACUCUGGGAAAGUCUGUUGGCACUUGCAGACAGGCCAGAUAACUACAGAGUUCUCUGGAGAUGGGAAGAUGCAUUCAUUCCAGAGUGUGUCUGGGUCCUCAGAGAUAACUCUUAUAGCAGGACUCAGUGGUGGAGAAGGAGAGACAUCAUGGCAGCAUGCUCAGCUCUUCAGACAAAGCUUGAAGCAGACAGAUGAGCCUUCAUUUGAAAUCGUUAUUCACUUAGAAGAUGUUUAAUAGCUGUUUUACUCAACUAAAUUGGACCAUUUAUUCUAUUUCACUUUCGACUGCUUCAACAAGUUCAGAGAUCAGUUUGGAUGAUAGAUUUUGUCAGACAAAACUAUCAUCCAAACUUCUCUGAACUUGCAGCAGUUGUCGAAGUAGUUAAAGCGGUUGAUACUGUGCAAUAUUUAAAUUUGUCAAUCCUCCAAGAUGAUUAAAUACAGUAUGUAUGACCUGAUAGAUGAAUUAAGAAUCGCUUUUUCUACCUAGCACACAAUGCAGAUGUUGUCAUACAUUUUUUUUUUCUUAUUGACUAAAGGCCAAAUAACCUUUGGGAUGUGCAGUCUCCAAUAUACCUGUAAUGAGUUUGGAAUAUAUCCAUAGUUUUUGUAACAGUUACCUCCACCGUGAAUGUACCUGUUAUUUGUGAUGCAUGGAGAUAUUCCACACACCUUGUCCACUCGGGAUGCGAAAGUUCUCCCUCUAGUACUCCACUGUAAAUACUGGUGAGUCUCUCA